AUGCGUCAUCAAGAAGCAGCACUAGAAGAAAAUCUAACUCAGUGGACUGAGUUUGUUCUCCUGGGAUUUGCUGAGCUGCCCCGUCUCCAGUGGUUUCUGUUUGGAUUGUUUUUCAUCAUCUAUAUUAUCAUUCUGAUAAGCAAUGGCACCAUAGUUCUAAUAACAAAAAUGGAUCCUGCUCUCCACAGCCCUAUGUACUUUUUCCUGUCUAAUUUUUCCUUCUUGGAAAUGUGCUAUGUGUCAGUUACUUUCCCCAGAAUGCUGAUGGAUCUUGGAAUGCAGAGGAGGAGAAUUUCCUUAGUUGCCUGUGCUGCACAGAUGUGCUUUUUCCUUAUAUUUGCAAGUACAGAGUGUUUGCUUCUGACAGUGAUGGCCUAUGACCGCUACGUGGCCAUUUGUAACCCUCUGCACUAUCCUGUAGUUAUGAACCACAGGGUCUGUCUCCUGUUGUUGACUGGCUCCUGGAUCCCUGGAAUCCCAGUACAGAUAGUGCAGACCUACCAGAUUUUCUCGAUGACUUUUUGUGAAUCUAACAAAAUCAAUCACUUCUUCUGUGAUGUCCCAGCAGUAUUCAAGAUGGCUUGUGGGGAUACCUUUUUUAAUGAGAUACUGCUCUAUGUAGAUAUUGUGUUGUAUGGCAUGAUUCCAUUUCUGUUGAUCCUUGGCUCCUACAGUAAAAUCAUCUCUACCAUCCUGAAGUUGCCAUCAGCCACAAGUCGGGCCAAAACCUUCUCUACCUGCUCAUCUCAUCUUACGGUUGUGCUAUUAUUUUUUGUGUCAGCCAUCAUUAUAUACUUAAGACCCAAGACUGGUCACUCAGAGGGAAAUGAAAAAAUAUUUUCUCUUUUCUACUGCAUCCUAACUCCUUUGUUUAAUCCCAUGAUAUAUAGUCUAAGAAACAAAGAUGUCAUAAUGGCACUGAGAAAAUUUCUAUAUUAA